CUGUAUCCAUAACGUGGGGCUUGAACUCAGGACCCAAACAUCAAGAGUCGUAUGAUCUACCAACUGAGCCAGCCAGACACCCUGAAAAUCAAAUCUCUAUAAGAAGGAUGAGCAUUACUUCAGGAGAGUCCAUAGUUUUGCAUAUGAACAAGAUGGAGGCUGAUCUGUCUGGCUUUAACAUUGAUGCCCCCCGUUGGGACCAGUGCACUUUCCUGGGGCGGGUAAAGCACUUCUUCAAUAUCACAGACCCUCGAACUGUCUUGGUAUCAGAGCGUGAGCUGGACUGGGCCAAGGUGAUGGUGGAGAAGAGCAGGAUGGGGGUCGUGCCCCCAGGCACCCAAGUGGAGCAGCUGCUAUAUGCCAAGAAGCUGUACGACUCAGCCUUCCAUCCUGACACCGGAGACAAGAUGAAUGUCAUUGGGCGGAUGUCCUUCCAGGUCCCUGGCGGCAUGAUCAUCACGGGCUUCAUGCUCCAGUUCUACAGGACGAUGCCGGCUGUGAUCUUCUGGCAGUGGGUGAACCAGUCCUUCAAUGCCUUAGUCAACUAUACCAACAGGAAUGCAGCUUCCCCCACGUCGGUCAGGCAGAUGGCCCUUUCCUACAUCACAGCCACGACCACUGCGGUGGCCACUGCUGUGGGCAUGAACAUGUUGACAAAGAGAGCUCCACCCCUGGUGGGCCGCUGGGUGCCCUUUGCUGCUGUGGCUGCUGCUAACUGUGUCAACAUCCCCAUGAUGCGGCAGCAAGAACUCAUCCAGGGCAUCUGCGUGAAGGACGGGAAUCACAAUGAGAUCGGUCAUUCUCGGAGAGCUGCGGCUGUAGGCAUCACCCAGGUGGUCCUUUCUCGGAUCACCAUGGCAGCCCCUGGAAUGAUCUUGCUGCCAGUCAUCAUGGAAAGGCUGGAGAAACUGCGUUUCAUGAGGAAAGUCAAGGUUCUCCAUGCCCCGUUGCAAGUGCUGCUGUCUGGGUGCUUCCUCAUCUUCAUGGUGCCGGUGGCCUGUGGGCUCUUCCCACAGAAAUGUGAAUUGCCAGCUUCUUAUCUGGAACCAGAGCUCCAAGACACCAUCAGAGCCAAGUAUGGAGAACUUGUGCCUUAUGUCUACUUCAAUAAGGGCCUCUAAACGCCCCGCCCCAGUAAGGACCAGUGUGUGCCCAUGUUCACCAGCUCCUCAGCUGCUCUGUACACUUGUGCCCUCCUUCCUCUGCCCACAGGGUCUGAAAGCCUGGGUGGAUUUGGGAGGUGGGGAGCCUUGUGUUUUCACCCAGGCAUCUAGUUUAUUGGACUCCAGGGGAUAAAAGUGAACAAGGCGGGCAAAGACCAAGUCUUCUAUCUGUUCCUCCUUUAACCACCAUCCCCUGGAGACCAGGAGCUGAACCUCCCCCCCCAACCCCCUUCCCCCCAAGAGAGAAGUUGCUGGGACCUGAGGGAGAUAUUCAACCAUUUGGAAAAAUUAGGAAACUUUGGGGAUUCUAGUUUCAGCCAGGACUGGGGAAGGGCCCCUGGGACAGAUAGAAGCUCGUACUCCGCUUUCCUCUUCCCUUCCUCCUCAUCUUGUCGCAUGCUCUGAAACGUUUUACCCUUGCAAUUCUAGCUAACUCAGGAAGGAAGGGGAAGAAGCCUUUGUCACCUUGGGGCUCUUCAUGCUUCCUCAUUCUUGUCCCCAGUGUCCCCUGGUCAGAAGGUGUCUUUGGGAGUGCUGCUAAACUUGAUUUGGUCAGGCUCCCAGGAGUUCUUAGUGCUAAAAAGGCCCAUUGCAUGAGGCAACAAAGUUUCAUGGUGUUUAAGCCCUGUCUCUUGACACUGACUUUGUUCUCCUGUGCUAAAAUCAUGUGUGACUUUACUUCUCUGUGUUUAAAAGAUAAAUGCACUAACUGUGAGUAAAAAGAAUAUAUGUAGGCAUUAACAACACAUUUUAAUGGGUAUAUUUUCCUAGCUGCCUCCCUUCCUCAGUCGAUUGGCUUAAACUCCAAAGACUGGUGUGUACUGAAUAGGAAAGAGAAGUUUUAUUUGGAUACCUCUGAGAAGUAACCAGCCAGGACCAAAGAGCCUUAAAGGACACACAGCAAAGUGCAGCCAUUUGCCCUUCCCAUCUUGGCUGCUGUAGGUGGCUUUUCAGGCUCGGAUGGGGUGGGGGUGGAAGGAGACCAUUGUGGCUUACCAGGGAUCAAUGUCUGAGUUUCAUCUAGUAGAAUUUACUGACUGUUCAAAGGAUAUCACUGUGAAUCAAAUAAAUUUCUUGAAAGAGCAUAA